AUGACUUUAGAAGAAGAUACUAAGAAGUUGAGAGAUAGGGUCUUUGGAAUGAAAGUAAAACAUAGGAUUAAGUGCGGUUGGAUGAAAUUAAGAAAAGUGUCAGGUGUUUUAUGUGGUAAAAGAAUUCUAAUGAAGCUGAAAGGUAAAUUUUACAGAAGUGUAGUAAGACCAAUUAUGCUACAUGAUUCAAAGUAUUGGGUGGUUGACAGGAAAAUAAAACAGAGUAUGUGUGUUGCGGAAAUGAGUAUGCUUAGAUGGAUGAUUGGAGUAGCAAGAAAAGAUAGAAUAUGGAACGAAUAUAUGAGGGAUAGUAUUGGUGUAUCAUCGAUAAUGGGGAAGAUGAGAAAAAAUAGACUGAGAUGGUUUGAGCAUGUGAUGAUCCAAAAAGAAACAAAAGCAGUAAGAGUGGUUAUGAAAAUGUACGUUGAAAGUAAAUAA